CUUGAUUUCGUUUCACAUAGUACAUCAAUGAAACGCCAGCAGCGCGUGUGUUAUUAAUGUGUACAGUGGUAACUGCUGAUCGUGCAUUCAGGCACGGAGUGGAAGGGAUGAACACGUCCGCCAUCUUGGAUGACAUACUCGACGGUUAUGACGUCAGGUUGCGUCCAGACAACUCAGGUGCCCCUGUGAAUGUCAGAAUUGGUAUCUACGUAGAAAGCAUGGAAAGUGUGAGAGAAUCGACAAUGGAUUUCUCCGUGACCAUGUACUUGCGGAUGUUCUGGAAGGAUACCCGACUAAGCUUUCACGAGAAUGAGGGGAUAGUCUUCAAGGGCGAUGCCAUAGACAGUUUGUGGGUCCCAGACGUCUUCUUCUUGUUUGAGAAAAAAGCAUCGGUGCACUCGGUGACCCAACCUAAUAGGCUGAUUCGAGUUCAGCCAGAUGGUAGCAUUACGUACAGUGCAAGAGUUAGUGCAACUCUUGCAUGCAACAUGCAACUGCAGCAGUUCCCGAUGGAUUCACAAAAGUGCACCAUCAUCAUGAGCAGCUACGCUUACAGCACGGCGGACGUGAUUUUAUUCAUGGACGAGAAAUCAGUUGAAAUCGAAAAAGGACUCACUAUUUCAAAGUUCUCCUUGACUAAUUGGACAUAUGAGAAUGUAGACUUGUCAUACCUGCUUGGUAACUAUAGCUCACCGCGAUGCCAUUUCUUCUUCCAGCGUCAAAUGGAAUCAUACCUCCUGACCGUCUACAUCCCUACCGUUCUGCUGGUCUCCAUAGCCUGGCUGUCAUUCUGGAUUGACGCCAAAGCAGCGCCCGCUCGUGUCGCUCUUGGGAUAACGACGGUGCUGACUGUCACCACGAUGACGGCAGGCAUACAGGAGACGCUACCCGUUGUGACGUAUGCUAAGGCGAUUGACGUAUGGCUUGCUGUCUGCCUAUUGUUCGUUUUCUUCUCUCUACUCGAGUAUGGAAUGGCCAACUACCUACUAGUCAAGCAGACAUCGCAAGUCAAGGAUUACGACGAUGUUGAACUUCACACCAAGGAACAAAUGGAUACCGAAGAUCUCCGAAAGUCUAGUCGCAGCGUGGAUACCAAGCCACAGAAGCGGUGUGGUCGGCACACUUGGACGGCGCAUCGGCUGGACUGCUACGCCAGGUGGGCCUACCCCGUGACGUUCGUCAUCUUCAACAUUUUCUACUGGAUAUAUUACAAUCAUUGAUCUAGAUUUGUUAAUGGGGGACUAAAUCAGGGUUUGUGUGUGUUAUACAUGUCGUUAUCUUAUGGAGACUGUUAUGAGGAUAAUCAAAAGUAUAAAACCUUGUAUGUUUGUUUGGGGGUACACACAUUCAAACCGGGGACAAAAAGGGGAAAACAGGGGAAAACAGACUCCCCAGGAGUCCCCAUCCAGCUGAGAAAUGUGUUGGAAGCCGUUGCCAAAAACUGUAGGUAAAAAAAAAAACGACAGACAACUAAACUGAGGAGGUCCUCGGUUGCAUGUGUUUAAACACAUACCCUGUGGAGCCGUGGAACACUAAAAGUCUCCACAGAUAUACGUUUUUGAGAAUAUCAUGUGUGUGAGUUUUUAUAUAAUUGAUAUCCGUUAAAACCGAGAACUGUAUAAGAAAGGGGAAAAUUUUUACAUGUAAAAGUAACAGAUAUAAACUUUCAAUACAUUAUAUUUGUUA